UAUGUUUGGAUAUGAAUGCGUUUUAAACGAUUCGAUCAUCUAGAAGGAUGGUUAUGAUUUUCUAUCUUUCGAUUUAUUUAACGUUGGUCAACGGUUUGUCAAGAAAACUUCGUCUGAAAACAAUAACCGUAUUUGACAUGUUGUCUACUCUUGAUUUAGAAAGUAUUAUGGUUGCAGCGUUUGUUGGCCGAAAACUAUUGUCAGGGUCAUUUUUCUUCUUUUUUUUUUUUACUGAGCACAAUAGACUUGAGACCAAGCGUUUUGUCAUUGUGAUAUGGUACCAUAAUCGGUAUGCAUUUGCAGCAAGGCUCGAUUUUUAUUCAUUUGUUUUGAUUGGAAAGUAGGUUUUGGUGUGGGUGAAACAACGUGGAAUCAGAUGUUCGAAAUAUAAUAAAUUAUGUUGUCGUUGGUGAGUGCAUAUUGUGUAUUUGCUUUGCAAUGUGAGCGUUUGUGAAAGGGGUUACUUCAAGCGUUCGUUUAUGAUUAAGUUUAUAUUGUUAUAAUUUAGUUUUGUGAACAAAGAUAUAGUACAUGUGCGAGUUAACAUUCGAUCUUCCUCUGGAGUCUUUGUUCCUCCACUGUGACUUGCUCUAUAAUGCUUAUGUUUUGUUUGUUUGUUUUUUUGUUUCACCACCCCUCCCCCAUACACCAGUGUCCCCACCUGAAAUGAAUCGCACUGGGGAAUAAAAGUUAAACUCUUUGCCCUAGCUCCGGCUCCCGGGGAGGGUGCCGAGGCUGUUGAUAAUCGAAGUUUGGAGGAGAUUCUUAGUAGCAUCCCUCCACCCCCGCCCCCAGCAAUGACCAAUGAACCAGGCGCUCCUCGCUUGAUGAUUACACAUAUAGUUAAUCAGAACUUCAAAUCCUAUGCUGGCGAGCAGAUUCUGGGCCCUUUCCAUAAGGGCUCAAAAAAUCAGAACCAAAAAACUCUCUGUGCUGAUUCACAGCUCUGACCAGCACAAGGAUGUGCAGAGCUGCACUGUGGAAGUGCAUUUUCAGAAAAUUACUGACAAGGAAGGAGAUGACUACGAAGUCAUCCCCAACAGCAAGUUCUAUGUUUCCAGAACUGCCAGCAAAGACAAUUCCUCGUCCUUCCACAUCAAUGGCAAGAAGGCCACUUUCAAAGAUGUGGGGACUCUGCUGUGUAGCCAUGGCAUUGACCUGGACCACAACAGAUUUCUGAUUUUUACAGCCCAGGGUGAGGUGGAGCAGAUAGCCAUGAUGAAGCCCAAGGGGCAGACGGAGCAUGAAGAGGGCAUGCUGGAAUACCUGGAGGACAUCAUUGGCUCCUGCUGCCUGAAGCAGCCCAUCUACACCCUGAGGUGCCGUGUGGAGCUCCUCAACGAGCAGAGGGGAGAGAAGCUAAACAGGGUCAAAAUGGUGGAGAAGGAGAAGACUGCUCUGGAGGGAGAGAAGAACAUAGCCGUUGAGUUCCUCACUCUGGAGAAUGAUAUUUUCAAACAAAAGAGCCAGCUCUGCCAGUACUAUGUCCAUAACCUCCAGAAGAGAGUGGCAAACAAAGAGGAGAAGCAGAGGAUCCAAGACGACACCAAGGAACUCGCAGAGAAAAACACCACCAUUGCUGAAGAGAUGGAGAAGAACCAAGAUCUGAAAAAUGUGGAGAAGAAACAAGGCAAGCUGACCAAGUACAUUGAGUUCCAGAAGGAGAAGUUUACCCAGCUGGACCUGCAGGAUGUAGAGGUCUGAGAGAAACUGAAGCACACCAAGAGUAAGACCAAGAAACUACAGAAAGAACUGGAGAAGGAGAAGCUGGAGGAGGUGCGUAACGUGCCGGCCAGCAGUGAGAAGACCAUCUCUGAGGCGUCCGCUCGCAGGGAGGAGUUGGGGAAGGAGGAGAAACUGAAGGAGAGUCUGAAGGAGGAGACCAGUGGCCUGCAGCAGGAGAAGGAGGUGGGUACGAAGGAGCUGAUGGAGCUGAGUAAGGCUGUGAACGCGACACGCUCUUGUCAGGACGUGGCCCAGUCUGAGCAGGACAUCUACCUGAGUCGCCACAACACCGCUCUGACCUAGCUCAACAUGGCCACGCUGUCCCUGCAGACCGCCUCCGACACGCUGCGAGACCGCCGCGCCGCCAUCAAAGAGCUGCAGGUCAAAAUACCCCAGUGUGAGCAGGAGCUCAGGAAGGAUGAGGCGGAGCUGGAGCAGCUGCUGCAAGCAGAUGAUCAGUCCAGGGAGCUGGUGGGGGACAUGACCAAGAGCUCCCUGUCCUAUAACCGCAGCAGGGGGAAGGUGCUGGGCCUCAUGCAGCAGAAGAGGAGCGGCAAGAUCCCCGGCAUCCUGGGAUGACGAGGUGAUCUUGGGGCCAUCGAUGAGAAGGAUGACAUCGCCAUCUCAUCCAGCUGUGGCUCUCUGGACAACAUCCUGGUGGACAGCAUCGACACAGCCCUGAAAUGUGUCAACUUCCUCAAGGCCCAGAAUAUCGGAGUGGCCACCUUUAUUGGCCUGGACAAGAUGGUGUGGGAGAAUAAGAUGGGGCCCAUCUCCACCCAAGAGAACAUCCCCUGCCUGUUUGACAUGGUGCGGGUGCAGGAUGAUAGUAUGAAGCCAGCCUUCUACUUUGCCCUGAGGGUCACCCUGGUGGCCAAGGACCUGGAGUAGGCAACACGGCUCGCCUUCCAGAAGGACAAAUGCUGGAGCGUGGUCACCAUGCACAGACAGAUCAUAGAGAUGGCUGGCACCAUGAGUGGAGGUGGAGGGAGAGUGAUGCGGGGCAGGAUGGGCUCCUCCAUCGGCACUGAGGUCACCCAGCAGGAGCUGGACUGUAUGGAGAGCAAGCUGAAUGAGAAGGUGGUGCAGCUGCAGGGCUGCCAGGUGAGGAAGCUGCAGCUGGAGGAGAAAGUCUAGAGACUCUGACAGCAGCUCAGAAACAUGAAGAACACCCUGGAGAAAUACAGCAUGCAGACAACCAAACCCUCACUGCUCUGCGCACCCAGUGCUGCUAAUAUUCUGCUUAUCGAGUGCAAGUACGAGCCACGAAAAUUAGGACUCGAGUCUGAGUUCUCGAUUAGAGUACUACAACACUUGAGGCUGGUGAUUGCGGACUUUGAGGCAGCUUCUAGUAAGGCAGGGAAGGUUGAGGUGAAGAGGCUCCUCAUUGUGGACAUCAACAGACACAAGCUGAAGGCUCAGCAGGACAAACUGGACAAGGAGCUGGACGACUGCUCCUCAGCCAUCACCAAGGCCCAGGUAGCCAUCAAGACCGCAGGGCGUGAAGACGGUGUGAGUCGCCCAGAGGGAGAGCUGGAGGAGAAUGAGAAGAGCCUGGGAGAGCUGACGGAGGCUGGGGAGCUCAUGAAGGCCUGCCAGGAGGCUUAGGCGGCACUGCCGGAGGUGCAGGAGCACACUCACCAGGGGGUGGUGAGGGAGAUCAAGGUCCUGCAGGAGCACACUCUACAAGAAAGAGUGGAGUCCCUCAGCGUCCAACUUCGGGUGGAGCAGAUGGACACCAUCACUGAACACACCAACAAGAUCAAACACUGGCAGAGCGAGGUGGGUGUUGUGUGCAUUCAUUGAGCAGAUACUCUUAUCCAGAGUGGAGGCGCUGACCUGGCGGCCAUCAAGGGGCCUGAUGUCAACCAGGUCUCCCUGAUGGAGGCCCGCUGUGCCCAGAUGAAGCCCAACCUGGGAGCCAUCGCAGAGUACAAGAAGAAGGAGGAACUGUACCUGAAGCAUGUGGCUGAGCUGGAUGAGAUCACCACAGAGAGAGACUUAAAGCGUGGAUGCAAACAGAGGCUCAACGAGUUCAUGGCUGGCUUCAACGUCACCAAUAAGCUGAAGAACUACCAGAUGCUGACACUAGAGAAUGACGCUGAGCUGGAGCUAGUCGACAGCCUGGACCCCUUAUCUGAGGGCAUCAUGUUCAGUCUGCGUCCCCCUAAGAAGAGCUGGAAGAAGAUUUUCAAGCUGUCUGGAGGAGAGAAGACCCUGAGCUCACUGGCCCUGGUGUUUGCUCUGCACCACUUCAAGCCCACGCCACUCUACUUCAUGGAUGAGACUGAUGCAGCCCUGGACUUCAAGCAUGUCUCCAUUGUGGCCUGUUACAUUUGAGUUUCACAUGCACACACAGCAGUUCAUGGGAACUCUAUUCCACGUGAAACAGCUUUGAGUAGUAUUUGCCAUUCUACUCCUAAUUCUAUGCUGCUGUGCUUGUUGACUCAGUGAGGGACAUGGGGUCAGCUCAUCUGUGUUAAUCAUUAGUAUUGUAUAAUGGGAGCUUAUUGAAGGCGCUAUGGUAAGGUGUACAGCCUAUUGUGAGAAAUCACUCGUUUUGCAAAGCCCUCUGUUGGCAGCAUGUUGGUCCAUUGUUUACUCCUGUCACGGCGGUUGGUGGUUAAUUCUUCCCAGGCCACUGUUUAAAAGAGCUCGACUCACAUAAGCACGUAAAAAGAAAAAUGGAUACUGGAGAUUUACAGCCUUUGACUUCCCAUUGAUGAUUGAAUGUUAAUUUAUUUCCCUACAGGAGCAAACCAAGAAUGCUCAGUUCAUCUCCCUGAGGAACAACAUGUUUGAGAUUGCUGACUGUCUGAUCGGCAUCUACAAAACCCACAACACCACCAAGAUUGUGGGAAUCAACCCUAAAACCAUUGUCUUCAAACAAACAAUCUCAGUUUAGAACAGCAGUGACUCUGGUUUCCCCCCUUAGCCAUUCCUAGUAAGACAUAGAAAUAUUAAUGUAGGUUUUCUUUCAGUUUACUGUUCUUUCACACCAUGUAUAUAAAACCAUGGCUUUAACCUAUGUCACUCUUUUUUUUACUGAUGAAGCUAAUAAAUAUUUUAUCACCGGU